GUGGGAGAGAGAUAAUCAUCAAUUUUUCCAGGCAAAAAGCUUCGAUUUUGAACCAUAUAAAUCAUCUCCCAUGGCGGAAAUCGAAGUCUUUAACUAAAGAAGAAGAAGAAGAUAAAGCUUUGUAAUUUAUAGAAUGGCGUGUGUAUCGACAUGCUUGAUUCUCUCCCCUAGGUUAACUCAAGUGGGUUUAUCAUCAAAGAAGCCUUUUUUGAUUCGGCUCAGAUCUCCUGUUGAUCGUUACUCUUUUCCCAGAAUGUUAACGGAGAGGUGUUUGAGCACUCGUCGGAAGUUUAAUCGCCAUGGAAUCGCUGUGGUGAAGGCUGCGAGUUUAGAUAAGGUUAGCGGCGCAAUCAAACCAGGUGGAUUGGUGGAGAGUGACAAGUUGCCGACUGAUGUACGGAAACGAGCGAUGGAUGCGGUAGAUGAGUGUGGCCGGAGAGUAACUGUUGGUGAUGUUGCUAGUAGAGGUGGCUUGAAGGUUACUGAAGCUCAGACAGCUCUUCAAGCUAUAGCGGCUGAUACUGAUGGGUUUUUGGAGGUGUCGGAUGAAGGUGAUGUGCUUUAUGUUUUCCCAAGGGACUAUCGAACUAAGUUGGCUGCCAAGUCGUUAAGGAUACAAAUUGAACCAUUCCUUGAAAAGGCAAAGGGUGCUGUAGAUUAUUUGGCUCGUGUUUCCUUUGGCACGGCGCUUAUAGCGUCUAUCGUUAUUGUCUACACGUCAAUUAUAGCCCUGCUUUCAAGCAAAAGCGAGGAUGAUAAUCGUCAAAGAAGACGCGGGCGCAGUUAUGAUUCAGGAUUCAAUUUCUAUAUCAACCCUGUCGAUCUGCUUUGGUACUGGGAUCCCAAUUAUUACAACAGGCGACGAGCUCGAGAAGAUGAAGGAAAGGGAAUGAAUUUCAUUGAAUCUGUUUUCUCGUUUGUAUUUGGAGAUGGAGACCCAAAUCAAGGAAUCGAAGAAGAGAGAUGGCAGAUGAUUGGGCAGUAUAUAACAUCUAGAGGAGGUGUUGUUGCCGCUGAUGAACUUGCUCCAUACCUUGAUGUGCCAUCUUCAAAGAGUGCUAUGAACGAUGAAUCCUACAUUCUACCUGUUCUUCUUCGGUUUGAUGGUCAACCUGAGUUGGAUGAAGAGGGAAAUAUUUUGUAUUGUUUUCCGUCCCUGCAACGUACAGCUUCUGGAUCUAGUAGACGAAAAGAAUAUGUGGGAAAAUGGUUUGACUGGGUUGCAGAUAUGGAGAAAUUCUUCAAGGAGAAAAAAUGGCAAUUUAGUAAAACAAGUACAUCUGAGAGAGCACUGGUCAUUGGCCUAGGUGCGGUUAAUCUCUUUGGUGUUAUUGUUCUAAACACAUUGCUAAACGAGAUGUCUGUCAGGCCAGGUGGAUUUCUUACAUUUGUUAAGAACAUAUAUCCACUACUUCAGGUAUGAUUUAGUUUCUGUUCAUAUGGCAAACUACUAUCAUUAAAUUGUUUCCUCAUUCUGGUUCUUCCUAUUCGCUUUAAACAUGAAUCUUAUGGGAGUUUCUAAGCAUGAUUACUGACACAAACAAGUUCUUAAUAGAUUUUAUUUUCGUAAUCCAGAUGACUGGUCUUUGUUUGAAACUUUUUGACUAAUUAUAUUGAUCUCAUUCAUGACUGUGCAAACGACUAUUCAGAUAUACGCAGGUUCAUUCUUUACCAUCCCUUUGAUUCGGUGGUUUUCAAUCAAGAGAAAGAAUAAUCAGAUAGAGAACAGAAACAAAGCUCGGCUACAAUUUGCUCGAGCACUUGAAUCUCCAGAUAUCGCACUACGGCGUAAGCUACUUAGUGCAAGGGAUAUGGCUCAAAAAACAGUCAUAGGGAAGGAUCGGAUCGUGUACAGUACAGAUAGAGAUAUGAUGGAACAAAACUAUGAGACAGACGAAUGGGACAGGAGAUUCAAAGAGUUAGAAAAAUCGGAUUGAAAUGUGAAAUCUGGGACUUGUGACCUUUUGCUGUUAUAUGCUAAGUUACGUAGCAGCUCACACAUCAUCCGCAACACAGAAUUUUCCCAACAACGUAAAAACAUUCAUGGACGCUGGAGUUAAAGCGGAUGACACAAGCCAUGGCACAUACUGUUUAGACAUUCUUCCUCUCUCUGAGACAGAAAAUAACUGGUUUAUAGAGGUCUCUUAAGCUCUAGUGGUAAUAGACCAUUUUGUGAUGCUCCGUAACACAACAAGCUUGGUCUUGUUUAAAUCAUCCAGGAGAUCCAAGUAUUGCUUGUUCCUGAGAGUUACUACAAAUGCAACAAUAGAUUAUGUACAUUAAUUUGUAUAUACGAAAGUCCAAAUUCUUGCUCAUAAGAAUGAAUGUUCAAUGUAUUAUCUUCCUCUUCACUUUCUA